AUGUCUGACGUCCCCGUUGUCAAGACCAAGCCUCCGGUGGAGGAGUCUGACAGGGUUAUCGCGAUCAAGAAGGAGCCCGGGGUAUCCGACCUCAAAGACGACGCACCUCUCGCCGGGCCUUCCAACGCUCCCCUUGCCGGGCCUUCCAACGCACCCCUCGCCGGGCUCUCCAACUCAUCCCUCACCGGGCCUUCCAACACUCCCCUCGCCAAGCCUUCCAACGCUCCCCGCACCUCGAAGGUGCGGGCCAAGCAAGCGUUGUCUUCCACCUCCAAGGGGAAGGAAGCCGUUGCGAAGGUCACCCGGAAGCGUAAAUUGGCUGUUGACAAUGGGGAGGACGCUACCUCCCCCAGCAAGCCCGCCAAGAAGUCGAAGUAG